CCAUCUAUGGCAUCUUCUUCCUCGCCUCCCGAAAAUUAUAAUUUCUCUAGGGUAUUUUCUUCCUGUUCCCACAAACUAGGUGAGAAUCCUCCAGCUUUCUCUGGGAUCGAACCACAAAUCCAGAGGACGAAGGUUUCUGAAUCUACAAGAUUAUAUGAUGUCUUCAUCAACCACAGAGGCCCUGAUGUGAAAGAAACUCUCGCUCUAGAGCUUUACAAAUCUCUUAAGAAGUUGAAAAUACAGGCUUUUCUUGAUUCGAAAGAGAAAGUACUUGGAGAUUCAUUUCCAUCAACCAUUCAGACAGCCAUCCACUCUGCUGCAGUUCACAUAGCUAUCUUCUCCAAAGGAUAUGCAGAGUCGGCAUGGUGUUUGGCGGAGCUGGUUCUUAUGUUGCAGAGUAGAGCUAAGAUUAUUCCAGUGUUUUAUAGAGUGAAGCCUUCAGAUCUUCGUUACAUAGAAAAGGGAGUGUAUGGCAAAGCAUUCGCUGAAUAUGAAAAUAAGAAAAGGUACAUGGAAAAACUUGAGGAGUGGAAGCAAGCCCUCCAAUCUAUUUCCUUUAUUGCUGGCGAAGAGUUCAAUAGUUUCAGUGACUGUGAGAAGAUAGUGUCAGCAGUGCAAAAGGAAGUAGAAAGGAUGAGACGUUUACAUGUUGCCAAAUAUCCGGUUGGACUUCCUAAGCUUGUGCAAGAUUUUGAAAAGCAGUGCAAUGAAAAGCUUCUAAAAGAUUUUGAAAGUCAGUGCGGGAUGAACAAACAAGAAGGGAUGCCUAAGAUUGUUGGCAUUUUUGGCAUGGGUGGGGUGGGCAAAACAACUCUGUCCAAAGAAUUGUUCAACAGAAAACAUUCAGAUUAUAGUCGUUCAUGUUUUCUCUUUGAUGUUCGGGAAGCCCAUGUGAAGAAGGAUCUUCCUUCCUUACAAAUGAAGCUCCUCAGAGAACUCUUUGAUGAAAAUGAUCAUCCAAGUUUUCCAAGCGUAGAUGAUGGCAUAAGCUGUCUCAGCAAUCGUUUCGCAAGGAGCCGCAAUCGGAGCUUCCUAAUUGUUGUGGAUGAUAUUGACCACCAUGAACAAUUAGAAGCCCUAGUGGUCAGUGAUGAGCUAGAUAAUUCUGGCAAUAGUCUUGUAAUUGUUACAACUCGUGAUGUAGGAGUUCUCAUAAACGCAGGAAUUACAGUCGGCUAUAAUUUGAAAGGAAUGGAUGCAGAUGACGCGAAAGAGCUGUUUUGUUGGCAUGCUUUUAGCCGAUGUUAUCCAUUUAGUGGAUACGAGAAGCUGGUUGAGCACUUCGUAGACUUGUGUGGCGGCUUGCCACUGUCUCUUCAAGUUCUAGGCAGGCAUGUUCAUGGCGAAGAUAAGAAGUUUUGGGAGUUAGAAUUGGGAAAAGUUAAAAAGACGCUGCCUCAGGACAUACACAAGAAACUAAAAAUAAGCACUGACACGUUGGACAAUGAAGAAAAACAAAUUUUCAUGGAUGUGGCAUGUUUUUUCAUAGGAGAAUUGAAGAAAGACGCCAUCAGAGUGUGGGAAGGAUCAGGGUGGAACGCUCAACAUGCACUGCGAAGGCUAAAAAAUAAAUGUCUGGUUGAAGAAAUAAAUGGUCCUAAAUUCAUGUCAAAAGUAAUGUAUCCCUUCGAAGAUACCAGAGAAGAAUUAUUUGUAUUAAGAAUGCAUGACCAUUUGCGGGACUUGGGACGAGAAAUGGCAGAUCAACUGAAUCAUCCUCGUCGCCUGUGGCGUACUGUAUAUUGUAAACCUUUGGUAUGCUUUUCCUUUAGAUUUCUGCUUCCUACUGUGAUAUUCGAAAUCUUUAAGAUUCUACUACAAUACGAAUCUAAAUUGUUCCUGUGAAUGCAGAUAUCAAAGGGUAUCAAAAGCAUCUUU